AUGGCCCUCCCAGUCUCUGUGCUGCUGGCCCUGGUGAUGCUGGGCACUAGCCCUGCCUGCCCUCUGGGCUGUGACCCACCUCUGAGACAGGGCAAUCAGGAAACCAUCACACUUCUGAGUCAAAUGGAGAGAAUCUCCAUUGUGUCGUGUCUGAAGGACAGGGUUGACUUCAGAUUUCCUCAGAUACUUGUGGAUGGGGAACAGCUUGAGAAGACACAAGCCACAGCUGUGCUGCAUGAGAUGCUCCAGCACAUCUUCCAUCUCUUCAGCACCACUGGCUCCCGUGCCGCUUGGGAUGAGACCCUCCUGGACAAAUUCCUCCUUGGCCUUUAUCAACAGCUGGAUGACCUGGAGACAUGUUUGGGGAAGGAGGCGAAGGCGGAACAGUCAGCCCUGGGAAGUGAGAACUCCACGCUGGCUGUGAAGAGGUACUUCCAAAGAAUCAGUCUGUAUCUGAAAGAGAAAGACUACAGCGGCUGCGCCUGGGAGGUCGUCAGGGUGGAAAUCAGAAGGUGCUUGCUCUUCAUGAACAAGCUCACAGGAAAACUCAGCAAAUAG